AUGGCUGACAGUUCUUCGACUUCGGCGUUCAUUUCAACCCUGAUUAUCUACGGUCUUACCGCCGUCGUGUUUGUCUGGCUCUUUUUGCUAUUGCGGCCCAAGAAUAGAAGAGUAUACGAGCCACGGUCUCUUAAGGACAUUCAGACUAUUCCGGAGGAAGAGAGAACGGAACCAGUUCCUGAAGGCUACUUCGGGUGGGUUGAAUAUCUACUCUCGAAACCGCACUCGUUUCUCAUCCAGCACACAAGCGUGGACGGCUAUUUUCUGUUAAGAUAUAUCGGUAUCGUGGGUUCACUUUCGUUUGUGGGCUGUUUGCUUCUUUUACCGAUAUUGCUUCCCGUGAACGCUACCAACGGUAACAACCUUCAAGGCUUUGAACUGCUAUCAUUUUCAAAUGUUACCAACAAGAACAGGUUUUACGCGCACGUUUUCCUCUCGUGGAUCUUUUUUGGCCUGUUCACCUAUGUCAUCUACAAGGAGCUGUAUUACUACGUCGUGUUUAGACAUGCUAUGCAGACAACACCACUCUAUGACGGACUGCUGUCUUCUAGGACGGUUAUCGUCACAGAAUUGCACAAGAGCAUCGCUCAAGAGGGGGAGAUGCAAAUGCGUUUCCCCAAGGCUUCCAAUGUGGCCUUCGCGUAUGAUCUCUCAGACUUGCAAGAAUUGUGUAAAGAAAGAGCUAAGAACGCUGCGAAGUACGAAGCUGCGUUGAAUAAGGUUCUAAACAAGUGCGUGAAAAUGACCCGAAACAAGACCCAAAAGCAACUUGACAAGUUGUACAAUAACGGUACCAAGCCAAAGGACGAUUUAGAGACAUACGUGCCACAUAAAAAGCGCCCUAAACAUCGUUUGGGAAAAUUGCCGCUUUGUCUAGGCGGCAAAAAAGUUAAUACGUUGUCUUAUUCUAGUAAAAGGAUUGGGGAAUUGAACGAAGAGAUUCAUGAAAAACAAGCCGAUUGGGCCAGUAAUGAUAGGCAACCUGCCUGCUUUAUCCAGUUCGAGACUCAAUUGGAAGCGCAAAGAUGCUACCAAUCUGUGGAAGCAAUCUUGGGUAAGAAAAAUUUUGGUAAGCGUCUUAUUGGCUACUCGCCAGAAGACGUUAACUGGGGCAGCAUGCGUCUCAGUUCAAAGGAGAGACACUCCAGGAGAGCUGUGGCAAAUACAAUCAUGGUGUUAUUGAUUAUCUUUUGGGCUUUCCCCGUUGCUGUGGUUGGUAUCAUCUCCAACGUCAAUUUCCUUACCGAUAAAGUUCCCUUCUUACGUUUCAUCAACAACAUGCCCACCUUCCUGAUGGGUGUCAUUACUGGUUUGUUGCCUACUAUUGCGUUGGUCGUUUUGAUGUCUCUAGUGCCACCUUUUAUCGUAAUGUUGGGGAAACUUAGUGGUUGCGUCACUAGGCAAGAAACGGAUCUAUACUCCCAAGCAUGGUAUUACGCUUUCGCUGUGAUUCAAAUCUUUUUAGUUGUCACCGCUACCUCUUCUGCAUCUUCCACCGUUGACUCGAUUAUUGACAGACCAAGAUCCGCCAUGACACUAUUGGCAAAUAACUUGCCAAAGGCAUCCAACUUUUAUAUCAUGUACUUCAUAUUGAAAGGUUUAACUGGCCCCACAUGGACGAUCUUGCAGGCAGUUAACUUGCUGCUAAGUAAAGUCCUAGGUAGAGUGUUGGAUUCUACCCCAAGGCAAAAAUGGAACCGCUACAAUACUUUGGCCACGCCGCGCAUGGGCAUUGUUUACCCAGGCAUUGAAAUUCUGGUUUGCAUUUAUAUCUGUUACUCGAUUAUCGCCCCUAUACUGCUAUUUUUCAGUACCGUAAUGUUGACGCUACUUUAUGUGGCGUAUUUGUACAAUUUAAACUACGUGUUUGGCUUCUCCUUCGAUUUAAAGGGGCGCAAUUAUCCAAGAGCACUUUUCCAGAUUUUUGUUGGAAUUUACUUGAGUGAAGUAUGUCUGCUUGGACUGUUUAUCAUGGCAAAAACCUGGGGUCCUUUGGUCCUGGAAGUGUUUUGGAUCGUGGUCACUGCCCUAGCUCAUAUAUAUAUGAAGAGGAAAUUCAUACCGCUAUUCGACGCAGUUCCUUUAAGCGCCAUCAGACAUGCAAGAGGUGAGCCCGGCUAUUCCUAUCCUACAUCGGACUUGGGUCUCCAGGAAAUCAAGGACAUUGCAGAUGAAAUGAAGGGCAAAUACGAACAAGACAAUACACACGGGAUUUUGACGCCCGUGACCAAGGAUGAUUUGAAAAAGGCCAAUCUGAUACCAGAUAACGAUGGCAGCUCAGAGAACGGUACUCCUAGUAACCCCUUUGAGUCUGGUUCUGAACGUGCCUCUCUCUCUGGAUCGAACGCAGAGAGUGACUCGAUCAAGAAAUUAAAUGAUACUGUUAUCAAAAAAUCAAGCACUCUCUCCUCCUCUACCAAGGACAACAACGAAUCUACUUUUGUUCCAGAGGGUGAAAAGUUUCGCAAGUUUCACUACAGCGAUGUUGAGGCAUUGAGAAAUAAGCGCCCUUAUGAUGAGGAUGAUCAUAGUAAACAUGGACCUGAAGGUGCCGUGCCAGUAAACGCUGACGCGGGAGUUAUUUACAGUGAUCCGGCAGCUGUCAUGAAAGAGCCUCAGGCAUUUCCUCCGGAUGUUUUGGAAACCAAUACUUGGACAAGAAGAAUUCUACAAUUCUUCAACCCAAGAAGGUCGUAUCCUUUCGACAGUGUCAGGAUGAGAUUCCCACUUGUUUUCAACACCAGCAUCGAAUACGAUGAAGAAUAUUUGAGCUCUGCUUAUACCGAUCCAUGUGUCAGAGAGAAAGAUCCCAUUGUGUGGUGCUGUAAGGAUCCGUUAGGAGUUUCAAAACAGCAAAUUCAAGAGGCUAGGUCUAAUGGCUUAGAUGUAAGAGAUGAUUUCACAAGGUACGAUGAAAAAGGAAAAGUCAUAUUCACUUACAACCCUCCUGAUUAUGAACCUGAGGCUAAAAAAUGA